AGUGGUUUCCCCUGUACUGCUCUCUGAAUGUUCUGAUUUACCGCGAACUAUCGACGUCCGUGGAUUAACUGACACGAAAUUUUCUGGAACGUGUACUAAGAAUGUAUACAAGCAAUCGUGGAAGACGACCACUUAAAAACAAGAAAUAUGCGCCUGCUACGGGUAUUCAGACAGAUUUUGAGAAGCUUCUAACCAGUUUUGUACAAACAGACUCUGUAAGAUAUGAAGCUUUCGCAAAACUUUGGCGAGAACGAAAGUUCUCUCUCAUCUAUGCAGGGCGCCAAUCGGAGAGAGAAGUGAAAGAGUUUGUGGAAGAGGCCAUGAAGAUUGCAGUGCACAUGUUUCUGGCGCCAUAUGGAUUUCAAGCUCGUGUUGGAGCCCUGUACUUGCUGUAUGGACUGUACUACACUCAACCUUGUGUACCAAGAGUUCAGAUUCGUAUGAGGCCUGAUGCAUGGCUCCAAACAGCAGCCCUGAAAAAGGAGAUUGAGAAACAGAAUCACUAUGAUACUGGCUAUAUCCUGAACAAACUUCUAGCUGAUGGGGCUUUUCAUUUUUGUGCUUUUGCAAAUGAUUCUGCAACACGCUACACAUCAAAUAGACCUGAGUCCACAGGCAUGGCAGAGGCUUUAAGAGAUGACCGGCAGCCUAUUGACGAUCUUUUCACAGAGGAAGUCAUGGAGCAACUGAGUCUUGUUCAUACACAGUACCAUCAGCUAAAAGUAAGAUUGGCAGGUCCAGACGCAAUGAGACCUGACAGAUCUCUUGACAUCCUGCAUGAAAAAUUUCCAGCCUCUGUUACAGAUCAUUUGAAGAAGCAUCAUGAGCAGUGCCAAAACAAAAAUGACUCAAAGAAGGAGAAGAAGAGAAAGACUACCUUUGAAGAUGAAUCUAAUUCCGCUAGCAGCGACAUGGAUACAACUACUGAGUCAAACAGCACGGGUCGUAAAAGAACAAAGCUAAGAAAGCUUGCAUUUAAAGGCAUCAAGAAUCAGCAGCACAAAAAGCACCGCAGUUUACUGGUUGAAUCCCCAGAAAAGACAGAGUCACCUAAAAAACGUGGACGUCCCAAGAAGGACACAGACUUGAGCAGUAAACAAGCAUCAGAAUCUGGCACUAAGCUUGAAGGGCACAGUUCAAAGCCAGGCAGUUCAGGUGACAAAGUCAUUCUGAAUAUGCCACAACUGCAAGAAGGAACGACACUAGGAGCAGAACAGUUAAUGCCAGGAGAAGAGAUUACUAAUGCCAAAACAGAACACAGCAAGAGACAUGAUGAUGAAGAACACAGUGUCAGAAAAACACAAGGACCCAAAAAGAAAGUUCGCAUGGCCCAUCAAGUAGAGUUAGGGAUGUUGACCAAGAGAAAAAUUGGAAGACCUAAAAGCCCCAAGAAGCAGUGAGAAUGAGUAAAUAAAUGCUUGUCUGAUUUUUGGGAUAGACUUGUAGGCAUAUUGCAAUAACAACAUUAUUAUUGCACACAAAUGCCUACUUUUGUUCUCAUGCUGCUUUGUUGUUUUUCAUUUAAAAUUUAAUUGGACACAUUUUGUUGAAAGAUGAUGGAGAUGAAAAAGUUUAAUUGCAGUCAGUAUUGGGUAGUAUGUACUUGUUGCCUUUUGUUAUUAGAAAAUUCCAUUAGCAUUCCUCAAACAUUUUGUUAUGCCUUCACAGAGCUAAUUCAGGUGUGCAAAUCUGCAGUGUCAUCAUAUACAGAACCUCAACCCUGAUUUUUUUUUAAAGCUAUGUGACACUAAUGCAAGAGUAAUGGUUAUAAUAAAACUAUAUGUGGCACUAA